GCGAGCGAGCAGGUGGACAAGUAAGGUUGAGCCAACUGGGCAGCGAAAUGUGAAGUUGCAGUUAUGUUUGCAUCUGCCGUAGCGCUACUCAUCACUCCCAAUGCUUCUCUUUUUCUUGCCUCAAAACGCGACCAGCACAGCACAGUUUUCUGCUUCUUCUAAUUUCUAUCGACUCCACACCCUAAAACCACGCCUCCUUAUACCUUCACUUGUCAAACACUAAACUGUAAUCCACAAAAAUACACGAAACCGAAAUUCUUUUUUAAGCUUUUCUCUCUCUAUUAUCGUCUUUACUCGUUCCUAUAACGACACUCAACUCGUGAUCGCUUAACCUUCUUCACUGGUAUUUGCAGGAGGCUGGAGCUUUUAGCCAUUUUUAUUAUCAAUACAAGAAAUUUUUGGUCUUAACAUGUCGAAGGAUCAGGUACCUUCUCUGGCAAUAGAGGGAAAUGUGGUUGAUUCUUCUCGGGCUGCUAUUGCUAUUGGUUCUCUAAGGGUUGAUGCCUCACACAAUGCUUGUCCCUCUCAGACACAGUCAAUCUAUCAUGCAGGUAAUGGGAAUAUGGUUGGUACAUGGGACACAUGUCUUCCGGAUGUUAAUGCUGAAGGCUUGGAAAGUAGUUCUUAUGGUGUCUACACUGAUUCGUCAUCACUUCCAUUUCAUGGUUAUGGUGGAUACACUCCCCAAAUGCCGCAAAGGCCAUAUCCCUCAUUUGCGACACCACCUCAGCCUGUAAAUUGUCAUGGCCAACUACUUAAUGUCCGAGAGUUGCCAAAUUCAGAGCCACCUUACUACCAGCAACUCAUUUCACCAAACAUUCCAAAUAUUUCUUCACAAACCUCAGUAUCUCUUGCUAAGCUGCCAGUUAACAUUAAUCCCCAAGGUGAUGGCAACAGAUUUGAGCCUCAACCAGGUUAUCUGCCUUCACUGGGAUCCUUUGGCAGAGGAAGCAACUUUUCAGGAGAAUCUGGAGGCUUUAAAUUUUUACAACAAGGAUAUGAUGGCUUUGAAAAUAGUGGGUUGUGGUCAGAUUGGUCAAAACCUGGAAUUGGGAAGGGUUCUUUUGCGCAUUUGUCGUCAUCAACAGCUGGUCCAAAACCAAUUGGUUCACUAGGUUUGUCUGUGAACCAUUUUGGAAUGGAUUCCCCAAAAAAAGAAUCAUUUUAUGGGUUUGGAUCUCGUUUGGGCUCCACCUAUAAAAGCUAUCCUCAAGGUCAAAAUAAUCGGAACUCUGGCUAUGAUGUUGUUUCCUCAUCUAUGUUUGGAAUGAGUGGGCAGAGCUGGCCCACACUUCAUGAAGCAAAACAGGGGGGAAGGUGCAAUGACUUCUCAUGCAAUUGUAAUAUUGCACUUGAUACAUUAAGUGAGCGAAAUAGAGGACCUAGGGCAUUCAAGCCGAGAGGUCCAGCAGCAGCGAAUGGUUCAGUGACUGAUAAUCAUAGGAAUGCAGUUUCUGACAUUUGUAAUGAGUCCUACAAUCGCCUAGAUUUUGUCACUGACUACAAGGACGCAAAGUUCUUUGUUAUAAAAUCUUACAGUGAAGAUAAUGUUCAUAAGAGCAUAAAGUAUAGUGUUUGGGCAAGCACUCCAAAUGGAAAUAAAAAAUUAGAUGCUGCUUAUCAUGAGGCAAUUGAGAAGCAUGGGGCAUGUCCUGUCUUUCUAUUAUUUUCGGUGAAUGCAAGUGCCCAGUUUUGUGGAGUGGCUGAGAUGGUUGGGCCUGUGGACUUCGACAAAAGUGUGGAUUAUUGGCAGCAGGAUAAGUGGUCUGGACAGUUUCCUGUCAAGUGGCACAUUAUUAAAGAUGUACCUAACAACCAGUUUCGUCAUAUUGUGCUUGAAAAUAAUGAUAACAAGCCAGUCACUAACAGUAGAGAUACACAAGAGGUGGAACUCGAACACGGUGUUGAGAUGUUAAAGAUAUUUAAAAAUUAUGAAAGCCAUUCAUCCAUCCUAGACGACUUCCAUUUUUAUGAAGAGAGGCAGAAAGCAAUGCAAGCAAGGAAGUCAAGGCAGCAUCAACAAGCAACUCUAGUGUCUAGUCCAGUGAUUGGAGAUAAUGAACAAACUCCUGUUUCAAUUUCUAAUGCUUUCAUACAGAACAUGUCUAAGAGCUUUGCUGAAGCUGUUUCUCUGAAGGAGACCGAAACAAAGUUGUCUAUGUCACAUCUGCCUCACGGGGCCAUGGGAGUCCAACACGAAAACAGAAGCUGACAGAUAGCUUAUUCAACUAAUCGGAUAGGUAGGAAAUUUCUUUUAGAUGUCUCGACCGCAGAAAGUUUAAACUUGAUGGUGGCUCUUUUCAUUCUCCGGUUCUAUUUAUUUGAUUUUAUUUACAUUUGAAUCUACAUGGAGAUUAUAUGUGGAUUGUUUCAUAAGAUUGAAGAUGUUGGCAAAGUUACAUAUGAUAUUCGUGUUUGUGCUUUACUUCCAUUGAUUAUUUUGUUGAACCCAUAUUUGUGAUUAAUGUAGGGAUUGUGUCGUGGUUCAUGUGUUA